CACCACGCCACCAGCUAUGAGCGCCGAGACUCCGGCGCCGGUUUUGUUUUGUUGUUGUUGUCGUUUAAUUCUGAACGGCGGCGUCUCGCGUUUACGGUUCAAGGCAGGGGCGCGGGACUCUGUGCGCCGGCAAAACAAUAACAAGAAGCUGCAAUUGACAACCCAAUGAUGGCUUAGUGAAGCGCACGGCUUUUUUGGUUUCGAGACAUGGAACAAUCGCUGUUGAGUUUCGAGAAGCUGGACAGGUCAUCUCCAGAGCUGUGGCCAGAGCAGAUUCCUGGUGUGGCGGAGUUUGCAGCUUCGUUUAAAAGCCCCAUCGCGAGUUCCCCUCCGAAAUGGAUGGCUGACCUCGAGAAGGACGACCUGGACAUGCUGCAAGAGUUUGGGAGUCUCACCAUGGCCAACCUCAUGGAGAAGGUGCGAGGGCUGCAGAACUUGGCCUACCAGUUGGGCCUCGACGAGUCAGCGCGAGAGAUGACACGAGGGAAGUUUCUCAAUAUCCUGGAACGGCCCAAGAAGUGACUUAAUCAUUCUGUCAACAGGUGGCAAUGAAGGCCAUUAGAAAUCCACGUGACUCGUUUUUUUAAAAUACAAUAUACCAUCACGAUAACAAAAGUAUGCUUGGAAAGUUAGGAAAAGCUAUGGCGUGCCUGGCUACUGUGUGCCACGUCUGUGCUCCACAAUAAAAGUAGAUUUUGUUUUAAAAACCUAGGCACCUCCGAGGAUGUCUAAUGAUCCUGGAAACUCAUCAAAACAAUCCAUGCAGGCCUAUUGGUCUAUAGAGCCUUUAACACCUGCAUUUACCAUGGUCCCAGAUUCAAGACAGCAAGCUGGCCAAGCCAUUACAUUCAGUCAUUAUGCAUGCUACACGUUCACCUAUUCCACGGGCAUUAACAAGCUGGGGAAAAAAAACCCUUAUCGAGCCUCGUAUGCGUAAUGCUUAUAUCGAUCUAUCAGCAUUUCCAAGCUGGGAAUGCUGGUCGCAUUGUGAGUGUCAUACACUUGAGAUUUCACCACCCGACACUAACGUUACAAGUUGGGAAAGCCGGUCUGCUUAUUGAGUGUCAUACACUCGCAUUAAAACAGAUUGAUGUAAAAACAGUCUUGAUGAAAAUGACUGGUGCCACACAUCAAUUUCAUUUCCGGCUCGUUGCCCUUGGGUGAACACGCGUUACACCGUUGUCUUUAAAGUAGCAAGUGCCCUCCAUUUGUUGACCACGUGACUGGUUCAACCCAAACAUCUUUCUUUGGGGGUUGCGAUUAAAUUACAGUUUUCAGGUAAAGAUAUUUUGGCUUCACUUGUCGUAACCGUGUUAAACCUAACGGUCAGUGUGCUGGCCACUGAGCUAGUUGGCACAGAAUCGACGGUUUGUGUUGAGGAUACCUUCUUACAUGUUUUUGUCUUUGCCAACUUAAUAUGAAGUCGAGGUUUAAGUUUCGGUCAAGUGUGUGAUGGCCCAACUCUGGGACUGGCUUAUUUGGAAAUGCCCGGUUGCCCGGGUACCGUAGUCUGAACCUGGGCCUGCAUGUGUGUUUGUCAUGAGUAGGAUUAUCAUUGGCAGGAGAAGACAUUGGGUUCAUUAUACAAGCAUUCAGGCUGUGCUCAUUCCUCUUGACUGCUCUCCAACUAAGAUUGAAAGAGUUUAUGCAUUAUUUGUCCACUGUCCAGCCAUCCAUAACAGAGGGUCACUAUGACUCUAGUAAAGAUCCAAUUUGAACACAUACAUUUUAAACGUGUGUUGCUCUUAGAGACUUAUUAAAGACUGGACUUACCGUAUUGGUCAAAAUUGGUUGCCCAAAUCUUGGAGACACAAAUUUAUUCAGAUGCAAAUGUAUUUUAACCUGACCUGUUGGAACUAUGUAAACAUAUUUUACCCAGACAGCUAAUCAUUGGCUUUCGUACUGUUAAUUACAUAUUUCUGAGAUGAAACGCAUGUUAGAAAGUGGAGUACAUAAUCCAUGCGUAUGCAUGAUUUUUUUCCUAUACGAUGGGCUCUAGUUUGUGAGAGUGUUGUUCCCAAUGCAGCAGACCAAGCACAAUUUGUGCGGGCAGUAAUAUAUUAUGGUUGAACUGUCCCGAUUGCCCCUAAUAAUGUAAAGUCGUUAGAUCUCAUAGUAAUCCACACCCACACCACCUGCCGCGCGUGGCAUUUUACAGUGUGGAACGUUUAUUAUUAAAUGUUUUUUUUUAAACGACAUGAAGUGGCCAGAUAGUUCAGUGGGCUAAUGCGAUUGAGAGCACUUAACCAGCACUGCCUCGAUCCUUGAUUCAAAUCCAGGCAGUCACUUGUGUGAUGAUAACCGUGUUCUCAAGUGUAUCGAGUGUAUUCAAUGGCUAGUCGCCAUUGAAUGCACAAAAUAACCUACGGAUUUGUUUUUUCUUAGGAUUACAGCAGCUUCGAGAGUUAAAUAACAUAAAAUGCCAUUGCCUUGAUACGAGCGCUCUUUGUAAGGACGUGCAGCGUGCGCAUAGAAGUCUAUCGAAGGGUUUUCAGAAGUAGUUCAGCGACACACAAGGCGUUCUCCGACGGGACUCGCCGUAAGAGUUCCAAGUGGACAGCUCUCGGCGUGCGGCACAAUUGAAAUGCAAUUGGGGAAGGAGGGGCGGUGGGGAAGCACAGUGUAGGAAUAAUGAAGUUGUAUAAAUGGGUAUGCAAACAGCUCAACGGCAGUCAACAACCCGCCGACCCUUCAGAAACAAAAGUCGGGCUUCUCGCGUGGCAAUCGUUCGUUGUUGCACGGCUCCACUGCCCCUGAGCCUCAGCAACACAAUAUCGAUCAAGCGUGAGUGGCACUCGCGCGAGUGUGACCGAGUGCCCGCUUUCUUGGGCCCAGAAGUUGUUCUUCAGAAUCCAGGUUGCGUGUUCAUACACCCAGCAAUGCGCAGUCAGGCAAACAGUAUGGUCAUUGUGCGUGUGCCUUCAGAAGCUGACAGGUCAACAAGCCUAACCUCUGGGGUAUAUGUUGUACGCUAUAUACGGUACAAUGAGAGAAGCAGGUUUGUGGGAAAUUGCUGAAGGGGCAUUGAAAACCUUGGCCCUGUGGGCUUGAACAUUCAUGUUUUCCAGUAGCAACUUUAUCAACAAAGCUACCCCCGAUUGGUUUUGAAUUCAGUUAGUCUUAUCGGCCACGCACGGCUUCAUCGACCAAUGCUCCCGCAUUCCCGUGUUACAAAGCAACAAGGUGUUUUAUAGGUUAGAUCUAAGUAGAUGGCAAUCCAACCGAUAAACAAGCCGGUGUAAAAAUAAUUGCAGCUGGUCAGGAGCAGCAUGUCCUUGGCAGAAAAAGAGAAUAACCUGAUUGGGAUUCGGUAUGGUUAAGUGGUGACACCGCUUUGCUCGUGAGGAUGAACGAUUUGAUGAUGUGGUAAAGCAGUUUGUCCGUGAGAGCCGUUUUAUGAAUUGAAGCUGUAAAUAUUCAUACCCGUCUGCUUGUUUGAAAAUAAAAUGCAUUUGAACCAACA